AUGGCGUCCCAGCAAGUCUUCCGUUUACCUCAGCGCAACUCCAUCCAGGACCUCCAACUUAGCACUGAGCCUAUUCUGUCGCCCUCGUCCUACGAAGUCCUCAUCCGUAUUCGCAGUGUCGCUCUCAACUUCCGCGACUUCGCUGUCGCGACCGGAAAGUACCCCUUCCCUGUCAAAGACAAUGUUGUUCCUUGCUCCGACCUCGCCGGCGACGUGAUGAAAGUUGGGCAACAUGUUGAUGGGUUUGCUGAGGGAGACAAGGUUGUCGCGGCUUUCGAUCUCAGCACCCUCUAUGGCCCGAUGAAAGAUUGGGACCAUAGCCUGGGAGGUGUUUUUGAUGGAGCUCUGAGGCAAUACAUCGUCCUGCCUACGUCAGCUCUGGUCAAGGUUCCAUCGGACUCGCAGUUGAGCUACUCAGAGCUGUCAGCCUUGGUGUGCACUGGUUCUACAGUGUGGAACUCACUGUACGGCAACACCGUGCUUAAGCCGGGCCAGACCGUUCUCUGCCUUGGUGAGUUCUACCAGGCGAGGAUUGAGCGUUGCGAAACCGAUUGCGUUGCAGGAACUGGUGGCGUGUCAAUUACCGGACUGAUGCUAGCCAAAGCCGCUGGGGCGACUACCAUCAUCACGUCUUCCUCUGACUCCAAGCUGAAAUACGUCCAAGAGACCUACGGAGCCGACCAUGUGAUCAACUACAAGUCAAAGCCUAACUGGUCUGAUGAGGUUCUCAAGAUCACCAAAGGCCAGGGAGCGGACUUCAUCCUCGAGAACGGAGGCGCUGGAACGAUUGCCCAAAGUAUCAAUGCCGUCGCAUAUGGAGGAUCUAUCGCCGUAAUCGGCUUCCUCGCGUCCUGCCCCCAGGAUCAGAUGCCGGACGUGGCUGCCCUGGCUUUGUCUAAGGGAGCUGUUGUUCGUGGAAUCAUGGUCGGAUCUAGACAGCACCUGGAGGAGGUUACACGAUACGUGGUGGCUCGCGGAUUGAAGGUUCCCGUAGAGAAGGAAUUCGGAUUCGGGCGGGAUGAGGUGGUUGCUGCCUUUGAGUAUCUCUCAACUGGAGCACAUGUUGGCAAGGUUUGUAUCAAGGUUCAGUGA